AUGGGGCCUGGAGGUUCCUUGUCGCCGCCGCCCUUGACAACUUUACCGAGAGGGAUGAACGUCUACUCACCUGCACACUCGCCACAGAUCCGACAAGAGGGGCCACUCCAAGCAUUCCAUAUCACUUUGGGACAGACAGGGCUCCAUCUCAGAUGUCUAACAGUGAAGCCCGCUACGAUCAGCCUAGCAACGCCAGUUUACGCCAGCCGUCAAGCCGCCGCUACUCACGGAAACGCUAAUGUUAGUAGUACUGCUAAUACCUGGGCGCCAGAAUGGGACCAGAUGGGGAAUGGUUUCAGUUGCCAAUGCCUUGCUGGGGUUACACUUGGAACGCUUCACGCGUUUGGAAUACAGGGACGGCCAUAUGUUCCUCGGUCAAGUCGUCCCCAAUUGUCUGGCUCUAUGUAUUGGCUAGCCGUACGAGGCGUAGCAAUGGGAUUUCUUCGACAAACCAGUAGUAGAAGAUUUUGCGAUAGCAUCGGUCGAGACAGUCUAUGCUUGACCGCUUCUAUUUCGUCACUCAUGGUUUUGGGUCAGCAAAGCUCACACCUCAUGUCUGAGAGGCUAAAGCAGGGAGGAAACGGUCUAGCUCACCAAGGAGAGUACUACUACAUGGCGUACGCCCUUUGA